UUCACUUUCCCAUCACUAAAAACGUGCGCGAUUUGUUUUCUUUAUAAUUGGAUCCACUUGUUUGCUCGCAUAGAAUGGCUCUUUUAACAGAGAAGCGUCCGAAAAAAAAGUCUGCUCCGGCAGCCGACAGUUCCCCGGAAGAAUUAGACCCCGAGGGCAGUCAGAAUUCCGGCAGCGGCAGCGAGGCGGAGGGCAACGCCGGCUGGGCGGAUUCCAUCCUGAAGGUGCUGAAGACCACCAAGCCGGAGACCCAAAACAAAACAGUGCUAGCUCGUGCCAAAAGCAGUCAGGCUGCAGUGCGGUUCCAGAAAAGCGCGGCCGCGAAGAAGCCGGGGUUCGACUUUGAAAUCGAGAAAACAGAGGUUAAGGAGGAGGACGAUGACGACGAGGAUGAGAAGCCAGAGGCCUCAGCGUUGGAUGCCACUCUGACCAAACAGCAGCGCAAGAACGUGCCCCUCCAGCUGCGGGUCAAGCCCAGUUUCCGAGACUUGGAACGCGAGCGAACGCUUCGCAAAGUGGCCACCCGCGGCGUGGUGCAGUUCUUCAACGCCGUGCGCAUCCAGCAGAAGGACCUGCAGCAGCAGCUGGAAGAUGCGGGUCCGCUGGACAGCCGGCAGGAUGCAGUGCUCAACAAUAUCAACAAGCGCAAGUUCUUAGAUGUUCUGAUGAGCGGCAAGCGGGCCAAGUCUACAGCCAUUGACAAUGCCGUAAAGAAAGAGGAGCAAGAAACUGAUGAGGACGACGACGAGGAUGAGGGUUCCACUGGCAAAAAGAAGUCAGAGUGGAAUGUGCUGCGCGAGGACUUCAUGACCAACAAGAAAAUCAAGCACUGGGACGAGGAGAGCGACGACGACGAGAAAGGCAACAACGAUGCUGCAGAUGACAGUGACGAUGACGAUGAGGAGGAUUAGCUUUAGUUACCGAAUAAAUGUUAGCUUUUCAAUUUUAA